GGCGAGGCUGGUGAGGGCAUGUGGCGCCUAUCACGACUCUGCUACACACCAUCAUCUGCUGCACCUCUUGACGCGCUGUACACUCAGAGAUGUCAACAGGUGUCUUUGCACCCAACGAAAGGGUCUUGUGCUACCAUGGCCCUCUCGUAUAUGAGGCCAAAGUCCUGAAAAUGGAGCACUGGGACGAGUUAAAUACGAAGCUCGGCUCGGUCGGGCCACACUACUUUGUCCAUUACAAGGGCUGGAAGCAGACAUGGGAUGAAUGGGUGCAGCCCUCUCGGUUGCUCAAGUUCAAUGAGACGAACAUCGCGCUGCAGAAGGCCUUGCAGGCACAAGCAUCGGCUGCUGCAUCCUCGUCAUCCGCAUCUGCCGCAAAAGGCGCGAACAAGUCUGCUUCUGCGAAGGAUCCUGCGCGGCUGGGGCGUAAGGAUGGGGGGACGCGUGGUACGAAGCGAGGUCGGGAGGAGGAUGACUCUAGCAAGCGGCCGGAGAUGCGGCUCAAUGUUCCCGAAUCUCUGAAGGUGCUUCUGGUUGAUGAUUGGGAGGCUGUGACGAAGAACAACCAGCUCGUAAGCCUACCGAGGACACCGAAUGUGGUAGCGCUGCUAGAGGAGUUCAAGCAAUACGUUCUCGCGGAGAAACCGUCUCACCUGAAGGAUCCUCCGGUUCUGUUGCCAACAAUAGUAGCUGGCUUGCAGACAUACUUUGACAGAGCCCUGGGAGCAAACCUUCUAUACCGAUUUGAGCGACCGCAGUAUGCGGAGAUACGCAAGAAGUACGUGACCGGUCCCACCGUGAUAGUGGGGCAAGAGAAGGAGAUGAGUGCAAUCUACGGCGCGGAGCAUCUGCUACGAAUGCUUGUGAGUCUGCCCCAAAUGGUGGCGAGUUCACAUAUGGAUGCGGAGUCAGUCGGGCUCGUUCGAGACUAUGCAAAUGAAUUGAUGGUAUACAUGGCAAAGGAGGCCCAGCGGAUAUUCAUCCACGAGUACGAGUCUGCGAGCGUAGCGUACCAGAACAUCUCACGUUCUUGACUUGCUAUGGCUUGCUGUGACCGCGGUGUGACGUGUGUGACGCCCGGCUUCUAUGACGUCACGCGAUGGGCGAAGCGGCCUUGGG